AUGGAAUGAACGAUCCUCGAUUUUCCAGCAUAUGUCCUUUCACUUGCUGGGUGUGUGGUAGUGCUGGUAAGGUCACAUGUCGUCGGCGUGGUCACAUGUUGUUGUCCCGUGUGAUGGUGGCAUUCAGUCUCGAACUCGUUAAGUCUGUGAUGAAGUCGUGAUCUCUCUUGUAGGAAGGGAAGUCCCUUGUAUUUGACAUAUCCAUGUGGUCCCCGUGUUGUGUUUUUGUCCUUCUACUUCUCCAAGAACUUGUUCUAAUAUCACGACUGUUUUCAUUGUCGCAAUGAAUUGGAACGAGUUGUUGAGGUAUCUCAGAUCAUUAUUACGAAAAGUCUUACACACUUUAACUUUUUCAUACCACGACUACCAGGCGUCGAAGGCUCUAUAUCAUUGAGUGCGCCUUCAACAAAUAAAUAGAGUCGUGACUAAUUUUCUUGGCGUACUAAGACAGAAACAGCAUAUUUACAGUAGAAUACACUACAACAACACGACGACUGUACAACAACAACUCAACAUUACUGAGAAAUCGUCCACCUCGUGUCGUCAACGUCCUUGUGUGUGCUCUCGUCGUUCUCCGUGUGACACAUCAGCACUUUGGUCGUGUGCGCAACCGUCAGUGAUAAAGUCUUCAGCGUCAGUCCUGUCCUGUCCUGGUAUUGGUCGUGUCAAGAUGGUGGAUCAGUAUGUAGAGCAGAAGCACGAGCUGUUGACAUGGAACUGCAGCGAGUGCCGGUGCGACAAUAACUGCAUUGUAUCUAAUACUUCUUUGUGGUGGUCGUCGGGUUGUACUUGUACUAGUAGAGUCCCGUAGUUGCUGCAGUUGGUAAUUAGAGUUGUCGAAGAAGUAGUCGGACUUGUAGUUGAGGAGCUACCUCAAAGGCGCCCAGAAGGCUUUAGAGGCGCGAUCGCUGUCCUCACGGACUCUUGGAGCGCACUAGAGCGACUAAGUAAACGGAGGCCCGCAGGCUGCCCCAAACUACCUGGCGCCAACUCAGCUGCGAACUUUUCCGGCACGCGCACCAGGCGCGGAAGUGUGCUCUCAGCACGUCUGAGGCCAUGCUGGGACCCCUAUAGAAGAGCGAGCGGGCGCGGCAGCUGCGCAGACGCGUGGCGCCGUGCACAACUGCGAAGAGCUCGGCAAAAAAGGGCCGGAAGAUGGAAGAGCAACGGACAAGGUCUGCGCCAUUUGCCGGGACGCCAUAACAAGCGCAGGCGCCUACUUGAGACAGAUGCGCGGGCGGGCACAUUUUCUAUCCAUUGGGAGCGCCUCAGCGGCUGGGAAGACGCGCGGCGGGGCGCAGCUUUCCCCCUCUGCAGAGUUGCACCUGGCUGAGCUGUAGGAGUUCUCGGAAGCAGAUGACGACGCCACUCCGCCUGUGUAUGUCACCGAGGAGGGCGCCAGAAAGUCCACUCGAAGAGAGGCUCGGGAGCGCCGCGCCCUCGGUGUCAGUCAGACAGAGCGCGCCAAGGAUGCCGCGACGUAUGUGGUCCAUCAAAAUCAGCCUUCGUCUUCCGCUGCCCCGGGCUGUCCGGAGGGAUGCUCUUCCCAUGGGGUUUACCCUCAAGCACCCGCUGCCCGGGAGCUCGUGGAGGGACUUGCUUCUGCCGCAGCGGGGCCGCUUUGCUACUCAACAGCGGCGCGCUGGCAUUUCCCCCGCGCCCCUUGGGGGGCUAUGCUUCAAAAGCGUUUCAGUCAGCUUGAGCGUGAGGGGUGCUGACUUUGCCAGCGACGGGCCCCCGGGCUUAGAGGAGUUCGCCAUCUUCAGGGGGUACACACAUGCGGCGUAAAGAAAUUGGAAGGCCGGCUGGGGUGGCCCGUCUAUGCUUGUUCGGGCUAGAGCGCCUGAACCGCACUCACAUCCUAGCACCCGGAUGCUGGUCCAAUAUUGAAGAGGCUGAGACCUAUACUACCCCCGCUGCGCUGUACUUCUACGAAACCAGCUCUACAAAAGCGACGUAGAGGGCGGAGAGCUGGCGGCAGCAGGCGCCUCCCGCUUGCAGUGGGGCAUGCUCUCCCCUUACCCCGACUUGCUUGACUAUAUAGAGUGCUCCGACUAUAUAAAGUUCUUCGGCUGCUUCUGAUCGUAAGGCAACACUGUGCCCGCGUAGACUGGUGACACGGCGGGGCUUGGGUCUCUCACUCCAAUAGGGUGUUUACGCUAAUGCAACUCUUCUCGCUCAAGACUGCACUACACAACAACAACUAACAACAACAACAACAAAAGGACUCGUAGUUGUGCUGUGGUAAGUAGGGCGUCCUCGUGUCUGUGUAUGUCCUGUUUACGAGGUUGAUGAGUUAUUCUGAAUCAUUUGUCUCACAGCAACAGCGUCCACUCUCCGAAAAACCCAACACAUCACCACAUCUUUACCCACAUUCAACACAGGUCGAAUGUUAUUGUGGCGCUUGGUUGUGUAUCGACUGCGGGAAUUUGAAUUUCAAGCAUCGGGAUAGCUGCAAUGUCAAGGCUUGCGGAAGGCCGAAGUGCACUGGGAUUCCGCAUUCCUUGGAUUUCAUUACGAAGUACAAUGAGAAGCAGGCACUGCGAGCACAGCGCGGAAAGGGCAAUAGUGCUAUGAAAGGUGCAGGACGGGAAAGGGAAGCGAGGCGAGGCCUGGUUCCAGGUGGAGGACUGAACUGCACUGGAGAGAACGACUGGAAUUGUCCGGCAUUUAAGGCUUGAAGAAUCAGUAAAAAGAACCUUAAGCUAGUAGAUGUUGAAGAUAAAAAAAAGUAUCUAUCAAUUUAUUGUACUUGCGAAAGUGAAAUAUUUAUUAGAUGAACAAGAGAUUGAGAUAAAGAACCACGACUCCGGGAGGACAUCAGAUACAUCUUACACCCACUAGUUCGAACUUUUCCUUCUCUAAGGAAAGUCAGAACCGCAACUACGCACGACGAGAGCUUUGCAAUCGGACAUGGUGUGGAUACGCCAGGGAUCCUUGGAGAUGUCCUGACUGCCAUAACGAGAAUUUUGCUGGGAGGUUCUAUUGCAAUCGCGCUAGAUGUAAACGGCCGCAUCCAGCUGCCACGGCAAAACGUAUAGAUACAGUAUACGGAAUUGCUUUUUUCAGCUAGUUGCAGAGUGACGAGGGCGUUCUCGUGCGAAACUCCAUCAAUCUCCCGGUGUUCAGUAUUUCAUCCACUUGUGGUUUCACCAAAAACCGUUCUUGUUGCAGCUUUCUUAUAAAAAAGCCCUGUGGGCGGUUGCGGUUGGCACCAGUGUGCUAAAUUCACAGUUAGUGCUGCUACUUCACUCUCUCCACUAUUGUUGGGAGUAUCGAAUAUCUUCCCAUAACUAACAAACUUGUUCAGAUGUCGCGGAGCAUGGACAAGCGCCAGGUCAUGCACCCGGUGGUGGCACGACUGUGCACACACCCCAGGUUGCUCAAGAAGGAGCAGCAAAUGCACAUUUACGACCUCAUGGAGUCGCACCCAGUAUACCAGUUCCCGCAGGCCAGAAGCCAAAAUCGGCGCAAAACUUCAAGAUGAGUACUUUUUUCACUUUCUUGUGGUAGAUGAUCAUGAUGUAAAUGUAUCUGAAUGCAAGUAGUUGGAGUUGGAUCUUGUAACAAGUACUAUGUCUACCACUAUAUGUCUAUGAUGUUGUUGUCUAGCCUAUGGUACCUGUUCCAACUCAAACAACAGCUAACGUCGCUGCCGGAACCGGAGGGGCACCUCUGAUGGCGACUAUGCAACCACUUUUGGCGGCUGACGGGAAACCUAUUAUGAUCAAUGGCCAACAAGUUUUUGUCGCUGCUCCUCUACCAGCACCUGCUGCAUGAUUUGGAGAGCGGAUGGAAGUGGCUGCUCACAACAACUAAUAUUCUUGAAAUGUUUCUCAACAUAGUUGAAUCGAAGAAAAAAUGCGUUUCCGAGAACCUAUCUUGUACCCCAAGAAUCUUUUGUACAAUUGAACACGUUUCUACUAGCACCACGGACCCACCCCCAUUCACAUGAAGAUCGAUGGAAACCUCUAUGAAAACCCACUAUAACGAAGGGUAUCUUCUAGAUCUAGUCAUCGUGAUUUAUAGAUGACAAAGAUAUUUUCAUCAAAGAAUGUUGAAAAGCACAUAUUCAACAAAGAAUAGGCGCCCUUGGUAU